UGCUUUCCCUUGAGGUAAUAGAAGAGAAAGGAAAGAUGGAGUUAUCUAAGAGUUCAUUGGUGGUCUUGAUUCUAACUUCUAUUUGUUAUGUUGUGCAAUCCACUGAAGUUUCUUAUGAUGGGCGUGCUUUAAAAAUUGAUGGCCAGCACCGUGUUAUUAUCUCAGGUUCUAUUCACUACCCACGCAGCACUCCUCAGAUGUGGCCAGAUUUGAUCCAAAAAUCAAAAGCAGGAGGGCUUAAUGCAAUCGAGACUUAUGUUUUCUGGAAUGGACACGAGCCUCGACAACGUGAGUAUAACUUUGAAGGAAACUAUGAUCUCAUUCGGUUCAUUAAGGAAAUCCAAAAUGCGGGAUUAUAUGCCAUUCUUCGCAUUGGACCUUAUGCUUGUGCUGAAUGGAACUACGGAGGAAUUCCGGCUUGGUUGCGGAAAAUUCCGGGGAUGCAAUUUAGGACCAACAACCAGCAAUGGAAAGAUGAGAUGCAAAAUUUUACUACGUUGAUAGUAGAUAUGGUUAGGAGAGAAAAGCUCCUAGCACCACAAGGAGGACCCAUCAUAUUAACUCAGAUUGAGAAUGAGUAUGGCAAUAUUAUGGGUCCUUAUGGUGAAGAGGGAAAUCAGUAUGUUAAGUGGUGCGCAAGUUUUGCACAAUCCCUCGAAGUUGGUGUACCAUGGAUCAUGUGUCAGCAAGACAAUGCACCUCAACCAAUGAUUAACACUUGCAAUGGUUACUAUUGCGACCAAUUUAAGCCCAACAAUCCAAAUAGUCCAAAGAUGUGGACAGAAAAUUGGUCUGGCUGGUUCAAAGCUUGGGACAAGCCAGACCCACAUAGGGCUGCAGAAGACUUGGCUUUCUCAGUAGCUCGUUUCUUCCAGUUGAAAGGAUCUUUGGUGAACUACUACAUGUACCAUGGAGGAACCAACUUUGGUCGCACAACGGGAGGUCCAUACAUCACAACAACUUAUGAUUAUGAUGCUCCUCUUGAUGAAUAUGGAAACAAAAGGCAACCAAAAUGGGGUCACUUGAAGGAGCUUCAUGCUGCCAUUUAUAUGAUGGAGCAAGCCCUCAUCCAUGGUGAUGUCAAGGAUGUGGAACUCAGCAAGGGAGUAUGGGCAACUAAGUACAUAGCUAAUGGGAUCACCCCUGGUUGCUUUAUAAGUAAUACAAAUGAAAAUUCUGAUGCCACUGUGGACUUUGAAGGGGCCAAAUAUUUUGUGCCUGCUUGGUCUGUUAGUAUUCUUCCUGAUUGUAAGCAAGAAGUCCAUAACACUGCCAAGGUUAAUGUCCAAACAUCAAUCAUGGUAAAGAAGCCAAACACAGCUGAGAAUGAGCCUAACGAUUUGAAAUGGUCAUGGAGACCUGAGACCUUGAGACAUUCUCUCAAAGGUUUGGGAGGUAGCUUCACAGAUUAUACGCUGUUGGAACAAAUCACCACCACUUUGGAUGAGAGUGACUACUUGUGGUAUAUGACAAGUGUGGAUACCAAGCAAUAUGUUGGUAUUACCCAAGAGCAUGAAGUGACUCUUCGCGUUAACUCGACAGGCCACAUCCUCUACGCCUUUGUGAAUGGGCAUCUCAUAGGAUCCGAAUAUGCUCCAAAUGGAAAUUUUACCUUCAUGUUUGAGCGCAAAGUCAUGAUUGAACCUGGAGAAAACAAAAUAUCUUUACUUAGUGCAACUGUCGGACUAAAGACUUAUGGAUCAUUUUUUGAGCAAAUGCCAGCUGGAAUUGUUGGUGGACCGGUUCAAUUGAUUGGAGAUGAUUUCACAAUAGAUCUAUCAAAGAAUGAAUGGUCUUACAAAAUUGGCCUUGAUGGUGAGAAGAAAAAACUCUACCUUGAUAAUCCUGAAGAUAAAUGGUAUGAUGAAAAACUUCCUACCAAGAGACCCUUUACGUGGUACAAGACGAAAUUCCAAGCUCCUCUUGGCUUGGAUCCUGUGGUCAUUGACUUGCUCGGCAUGGGGAAAGGUGCUGCUUGGGUGAAUGGCAACAGUCUCGGGCGUUAUUGGACAAGCUAUCUUUCGUCAACUAAUGGCGGCUGCCGUGACUACUGCGAGUAUAGAGGAAAUUACCAAUCACAAAAAUGCCAAACCGGUUGCGGUGAACCUUCUCAACGAUGGUACCAUGUUCCAAGAUCAUUCCUGAAGGCUGGUGAGCCAAACACAUUGAUCUUAUUCGAGGAAGCUGGUGGUGAUCCAUCCAAAAUAAACUUCCAAACUGUUAGUGUUGGUACCAUUUGUGCAACUAUUGACCAGGGAAAGACUGUGAGUUUGUCAUGCCAAAAUGGUCAAUCAAUCUCAAAGAUCGAUAUUACUAGAUUCGGAGAACCUGAAGGGUCUUGUGGACGUUUUGAGAAAAGUGGUUGCGACUCCAAUGAAGCUUACUUUGCAAUUUCAAAUGCUUGUGUUGGAAAGGAGUCAUGCUCGAUCCAAAAUAGCGAGAAUUUGCUUGGUGGAUGCAAGUCCAAUAGCCUCACCUCGAAGAAACUAGUAGUUCAAGCAACUUGUUGAAGCGCUAGUAUCAACUCCAACCUUUAUGUAUUGCAAAAUCGAGCUUGCUAGAUGGUUUCAAGAAUCCCUUAAGCAAGGAAUGGGUAGAACAGGCAACCCAGCCAAGUUAAAUUUGGACUAUCCAGAGCUUGAUAAUGAGCAGGCUUUUCUAUAAUAACGGCAUCUAUAAAAUAGGCCUAGUCAUCAAUUUAACAAAAUAAUGGCCAAGUGUUGUAAUUUGUAUCCCUGAGAAAUUGUCAUGGUUGUUCAUGUAAAAGACUGAAGAUGAAUAAAAAUAAGUUUGGUUUUGCUUUAUCAUCCUUGA